CUAUAUUUUUUCUUUUAUUAUACAAAAACUAACUUUUUUUUUUAAUAUAUUCAUGUCUUUUGUCUUUUAUAUAUAUUCUUAUUGAAAGAAAAAAGUCUAUGUCAGUACAAAAACGUCAAGCUACCAGUUACGACUGUGCACAACAAGGAAAUCAACAUCCUUAUUGUUCCCCUUUAACCACUGAUACUUGGGUUAAUGGAUCUACUUAUGAAUUCAUUUGGAAUUACAAUUUUCCUUAUUAUGUCAAUUCGCCAUCACUUAAUCUAUAUCUAUAUUAUAUCAAGAAUUAUCAAUAUACUCAAAUUAAACAAUGGUCUGAUAUUCAUACAAAUGAUGGUUCUAUGUCUGUAUUAGUAGAUGAUACUUGGUUCCCUACUCCUGAUACUGAUGGAAAAAACAAAACUUGGUCUUUAUAUUUAUAUUAUCUACCUUCUACUGUCAACGCUUCUUCUGAAUUACAAAAUACCCUUAGUCAAUAUCCUAGACCUUAUAACUUUUCUGUUAUACAAUUUCCAUCAACAUCAUUAUCAACUACAUCAUCCAAUAAUACAAAUUCACCAUUAUCUCCGUCUUCGUCAUCAUUAUCAUCAUCAUCAAAUCAACAACAUGGUUUACCAAAUUGGGGUAUUGCCUUGAUAGUGAUUGCAUCCGUGGCAGUUGCUGCUGCAUUAGGUGUUCUUGCUUGGGCUUUCUUGAUCUACUUUCCACGAAGACGACAACGACGACGAUCAACCAAUCGAUUAAAUGGUGGUACGAAAGGUCCCGCAUCUUAUGGUCAACAUCAUCCAUCACCAUCUUCAUCAAAUGAAAAAGCUGAAUCCAUUUAUUCUGACACUCCUAUUAUGCAUACUGGAUUACGUUCUUCUGUUAGUGUAGGUGCAACCACUGCUCCUUCCUCCGUUUCUCAUCCUGCAGAUAGUCCUUCUUAUCCAUCUAUUCAUCAUAUCACUUCUCUUAAUCCCAAUGAUGCUUUGAAUGAUUCUUAUCGACAAAUGAUACAUCGACCUGAUUGGACAACUAUUGACGAAGAUAUUGAUCAAGAAAAACGAAGACAAUUAGGUGAAGAAUUAUUACAACGACAAUUGGCUGAAGAUGGUUCCACUACUAUGAUCAAACAAACUCAACCUAAUCGACUGAAAAGUAUGACAUCUCAAAUUCCAAAGGCUAGAACUGCCGUUGUUGUUGCUGAAUCUACUGACUCUUUAUCCUCCACAACCUCUUCUCAUCCUCCACGAUGAUUUUUCAUCUGUUUUUAUUUUAUUUUAUUUUGUAUUGUUGUAUUUUAUCUUAUCUUUUCCUUGAUUUAUUCUUAUUCUUAUUAUCAUCCAUCAUCCCUCCUACUUUGUUUAGUCAUUUCCUAUUUAGCAUUAGCAUCUCUAGUUAUAUCACCAAUAAAAAUAAAAAAAAAAA